GUCGUCCUUUUGUUUAUCUGCCUCAUUUCUAGGAAGUAAUGACUAUAGUCUGUAUAGGAUGGUGUUGUGCACAGUGCACAACACUUGUUUGAUUAAUGUUCUUACUGAUUGUUUGCUUUCUGUUUGGUUCUCAGGCUAACUUCUUCUUAUCAUUGUCCAUGAAGCUCUAUGAUGAAUUCAAAGAGAUACUAAAGAUUCAAAAAUUUCGACGAUUGGUGUCUUAUACAGGGUUCUACUGCUUUGCCACGCUUAUAAGCUAUGCUUAUGUUAACAAUACAACUAGGGCCGGGUAUUCUAGAGCUGAUCAAUUCUAUGCAUCGUACCCGGCUGGUACCGAGCUUUUAACGGACACUACUAAGUUAUAUAAAGCUGCACUUGGAAACUGCUUUGAUGUUGAAGAGUGGGGUCCGUUUGAGUACUGCAUCAUGGCAAAACACUUUGAGCGUCAAGGGAAGUCGCCAUAUGCCUAUCAUGCAGUGAGUUCUAUGUUGCCCAUAUUUGACUAUUUCGUUUUUGUCUACCCUUAUGUAGAAAUUCUUCAAAUCUUUUCUCUGUCUACGCUGGUUAAUCCUUACGAACAUUUUUGUGAGUUCUAUUUUAACAUCAUGCUAAAGAACUUGUUAUCGGUUCCUGUAACUUUUCCAUAAACUCUUGCUAUUAAUAAAGAAUAAAUUUUUAGUGAAUUAUGUCUUUGUAACCACAUCGUGAAGGAAUCCAUUGAGUAGAAUAUUUUCCGCUGCUUCUUUAAGAGUAAAAUGACUUCUGCCUGACUUAUCCUUAAUGUUUGAAAAUAUAGUGAGGCAGGUCCGUAAUAGAAAAAUAUUAAGAAAAUUUGGGUAGGAAAACAUCUUCUCAAAGGGCUGAAAUUUUGAGAAGAAAUGGAAUGCUUUUGCCAUAUUUCAUGUAUUUUGAGUGUUCUAGCAAGACCUUGAUUAUUGUACCAGGCAUACAUUGAUAGGAACUCAGUUAAUUGAAUCAAAUACAAUGCCAAAUAAACAACCAGAACUAUACGCAAAUGUCAGUACUCAACGAUAUUUGAAAAUACACUAGAGCAAAAGCUCCGAAACAAGAACAAUCUCAGCAAGGUCCCUAGCUAUGCCCAAUAACUAAUUAACAGCUAAGCAAGCCCCCAUCAUGCUGCCCCCUUUCCUAUAUACCACCAAAGGCUCUAAGAAAUUCUCCUAACUAACUUCUGCCAUGCUGGUAUUCCCCAUCCAUCUGUGCCAUCUUUCCCCUACUAUACACCUUCCAGACAUUAGGCCUUGUUGGCCCAGUACUCAUAAACUAAUCCCCUGAAUAUGUGCCUAUAAAUAACUGCUGCUGAAUCAACAGUUUUGUCUUCAAGGCUGAAAUCAGGGAACUUACUCGUAAAAAGAGAUUCAUCUUCCCAUGUGGCAUCUUCAGCUGAUUUGCCUUGCCAAUGCUCUAAGAACUGGAGUUUCUGGUGGCCUUUGUCCGUAAUGAUCCUACUUGCCAAAAUAGAAUAAGGGUCCACCAUAUUCUCAACCCCAAAGUCAUGAGGAUGAGUAGCAUCAACCUCAUAAUUUCCCACAGCUUUUUCUUCAAUGACACAUGGAAAAACAGGAUUAACCUUCGAAUUGGUAGGAAGUUUCAACCAGAAAGAUACUUCUCCCAAAUGCUCAAUGACUUGAUAUGGGCCAAAAUAAUGUGCAGCUAACUUCUGAUGAUUGCACUGAGCAGCUGAUUGCUGCUGCUUAUGUGGGUGCAGCUUCAAAAAAGACACCCACUCCAAUAGAAAAAUUCUGCAUCCUCUGUUUCUUGUCACCAAAAUGUUUCAUUUGCUCUUGUGCCUUAGUCAAAUGAAAUUUUAACUAACGAAGUGCUUCAUCAUGGUCUUUCAAAUCUCUUGUCACUGCUUGUACACGCGAUUCUCCUUCACCAUACUUGACAACAGUAGGAGGCUUCCGACCACAGACCACUUCAAAUGGGAUAGUAUUAGUGGCGGAGUGAUAAGUGCUAUUAUACCAUACUCUACCCAAGACACCCAAAGGGACCAAUUUCUGGGUUUCUCAGAAGCAAAGCAAUGAAGAUAUGAUUUCAAACACUGAUUUACCACCUCUAUCUGCCCAUCAAACUAUGGAUGGUAGGAAGUGUUAAACAGGAAAUCUGCCAUUAUUCUCAUUUCUGUUUAUAUGUGUAUUAAUUGGGAUUAUUCUCAUUUCCUUUUAUAUGUUUAUUAAGUUAGGAAAUAGAAAUAUUUUGUAGUUAAUAGCUGUACUGUUUUUGUACAAUAUAUACGGAUGAUUAGAAUGAAAGGGGCAUCAAGCAAAUUAUUUGACAUGGUAUCAUGAACCUUCUAAGCACAGAGGCUUGGGUCCUUCUUGUUUCCUGGGUUUGCAGGUUCAUGGUCCUGUUUUUUGUUUGUUCUUGUCCCUGUUCUGUCGUACAACAAUGAUGUUUUCUCCUUUGUCUCUUGUGCUUCUAGUUCUGUUCAUGCAUUCUGUUUGGUUCACUUGCUUGUUCAUGGCUUCUGCUUUGACAUGAGCUGCUAUUCUGCUUGCACGACUUGCUGCUUUUGGUUCAUUCUCUGUUUCUAGUUCAUGCUGUGCUUCUGGUGGUUGCACAAGGCUUUGCAUGCUUUGAAGUUUUUUUUUGGUUUGUGUUCCCUGGUUCUUGUACUCUUUGUCUUGGGUUUCUGAAUUUGACACUCCACUCAAGCUAGGGUAGUUUCAAUUUCUUUCUCAUUCUUAAUUCUGAAUUGUCAAAUUGGCCAUAAAGAAAGGUGAGGAGGGACUUCAAGUUCAUGUUGGUGAACAAUGAGGAUUCAUUGGAAGAGAUGGAGGAAUGUUAUCACAAAAUUUACAACCUAAUUUACAUCACCAAUCAUGGGACCAAAGGAAUAGAGAGGCUAAUUACUCACACAGGCAGGACCAGAGGACAAGGGGAGUUUCUGUAGGGGAAACUACUCUUGAAACACCUAACAACUUGUUUUGGGGGAAAAGGGAUACAACAUUUGACAAUUCAAGAGUGGGAGC